AACGAAUCUUCUUCCCCCUGCUUCUCUUCUGCUUCCUAUGAUACACUAAUAGGUCUAAUAUCACUAUUAGUUUUCUAUCUAAAUCUGGCAUUCUUGAAUAAUAUUGCGACUUUUUAGCGCUUCUUUCGCACUGCAGAUCAAAGAAAAAACAGCCGCGUCGCUAGUUUUUAACAUGCCAUCUUAUCGCUUGGAGCAAGCCUCCACCGGCAGAGCCGGCUGUCAAAACAAAGAAUGCAAAGACGAGAAGGUCAAGAUCGCCAAAGGCGAGCUCCGUCUCGGCACCUGGGUUGACACCGAGCGCAUCCAGGCAUUUUUCUGGAGACAUUGGGGCUGUGUAACGCCCAGAAUCAUUGCUAGUCUCAAUGAGAAUCUUGGGGAUGAUGACGAGAAGGAUUACGAACAGCUAGAUGGCUUCGAAGAUCUUACUCCCGAAAAUCAGGAGAAGGUCAAGAAGGCGCUGGAACAGGGCCAUGUUGAUGACGAGGAAUGGAAGGGGGAUGUUGAAAUGAACCGUCCUGGUAAGAAUGGCUUCCGCAAGCGUGGAUCAAAGAAGAAAACGGCUGCCGCUGAGGAGAGCGAAGCUGAAGAAAAGUCUCCUGAGCCAAAGACCAAGAAGCGUGGCCGUCAGUCAAUCAAAGAGGAGGCUGAGGACCAGGCUGAAGAGGCACCGGAAACCAAGAAGCCCAAGAAAGGAGCACGUGGAAAGCGAGCCUCCGAAGCUGAUAAGGCGACAAAGGAAGAAGCAGACGACAAUGCGGCAACUCCUGUAAAACCUAGGGCAACUAGGAAGGGCCGUGCCUCGAAGAAUGACACCGAGGAUAAGGAGUCCCCGGAAGCUCCUGCCAAAGCUGCGAAGCCCGCUGCGAAGCGCCAGCGAAAGUCUGCUGCGAAAGACGAUGAAGCGGAGACUGUUGAAGAAGAGCCUGCUGAAGAAAAGCCGAAGCGAGGCCGGAGGAAGAAGACUGCCUAAUAGCGCCCUAUUGCAAACGGAAGCUCUCCGUCUUACUUAAUUAUAUGCGUGGCGUCUUGAUGGUCUGUGAGACAUUUCGUUUCGUUUCUUUUUGUUGGUUUCUGGUGUCGCUCCGUGUUGUUGUUAUGCGAGUAUGUUGAAGGUUUGUGUGGGCAAGCGAGCAAGCGUCUCCGUUGUAUGUCAACUUUUACCUGUCCGAGGCGAAAGAAUUAUGCCGAUAACUAUAUGGUGUAUUAAUAGGAAAUCUUAAUAGGUGCUUUAAUGAUACAACCACCUAAGUCUGUAUAACAA